ACGAUAAUGGAUCUGUUGUGGAAUGCAAUGGAUCUGUUGUAGACUGCAAUGGAUCUACUGUAGACAGUAAUGGAUCUACUGCAGACAAUAAUAGAUCUACUGUAGACUGUAAUGGAUCUACUGUAGACAGUAAUGGAUCUAUUGUAGACAGUAAUGAAUCUAUUGUACAUGGUAAUGGAUCUAUUGUAGACUGUAAUGAAUCUAUUGAAAACGAUAAUAGAUCUACUGUAGACUGUAAUGGAUCUACUGCAGACGAUAAUAGAUCUACUGUAGACUGUAAUGGAUCUAUUGUAGACAGUAAUGAAUCUACUGCAGACGAUAAUAGAUCUAUUGUAGACAGUAAUGAAUCUAUUGCAGACGAUAAUAGAUCUAUUGUAGACAGUAAUGAAUCUACUGCAGACGAUAAUAGAUCUACUGUAGACUGUAAUGGAUCUGUUAUAGACAGUAAUGAAUCUACUGCAGACGAUAAUAGAUCUAUUGUAGACUGGAAUGGGUCGAAGAUUUUUAGAACCAAGAAGUACUUUGACUGUCAUUAA